AAAUGGAGACAGUUGAGAGUUGCAAUGCAUUGCCCCUUUUAUUUACUCUUCUUCUGCUUCUCCACAGUCAUCUCACCCAACCCAUUCUCUUUGGUCUCUCUUAAGGUUUCACAAGUUUCAUGGAUUGGCCACUCAUCAAUCUCCUCUUUACAGCUUUUCUUCUGCUUGCAUCUGCAGCCAUUCAUGGAGCUCAAGCUGUUUCCAUGCUCACUGGCACUGUCUUCUGUGAUCAAUGUAAAGAUGGCCAAAUCUCCCUCUUUGAUUAUCCCCUCUAUGGAGUAAAAGUUGCAGUAACCUGCUCGGACAGUAAUGGGCAAGUCACAUUGUUGAGAGAAGAGACUACAAAUUGGUUUGGAAACUAUGCCAUGAAGUUUGAUGGCACACCUGACUUGAGUGGGUGCUAUGCCCAGGUUUCUUCAGGGAGUGGUGGACAAGGGUCAAAUGAUUGUGUGGCUGUGGCUGGUCCAGCCAAGAGUCUAAGACUCGUGUUUAGGAUCUUUGAUAUGGAAAUGUAUACUGUUGAUCCUCUGCUUUCUGAGCCUGCUCAGCCAAUGUCCAUGUGUCCAAGGUCUUACGCCCCUGUGUCUGCUCCGGUAAUCCCUGUAACACCUCCGGUGCCAGUUGAGCCUCCACCAGUGGCUCGACUGCCUCCACUACCACCGAUGCCACGGCUGCCGCCACUGCCACCGCUGCCACCAAUGCCAUCCUUGGAGGCUUCUGCUUGUCCGUACUGGAAUUGGACAAUGCCGGGUUACGAAUGCUACUGGAAGGCGGUGACGCCAGACAUGAAAGUAGCCGUUGUGUUUGGCUUAAUCGCAGCGCGGAGAUAUGGGACAGACAUGACACUAAGGCAAGGCAUGGAAGGCAGGGGAGACCCUUACAGGACCCUACUGAGGGAAGGGACAACGGCCCUCCUCAACUCCUACAACAGCAUCCAGUUUCCGUACCAUCCCCUCGGUGUGAUCCAUCACAUGAAUUGGGCCUUAUUGGGCUCCACUCGGCUUGUUCUCCACACGGCAAUACGCUUCAUGAGGGCUAAUUCUGGCAGUGGAAAAGUCAGCUGCAAAUUCACUCCCUGCAAGUGAUCAUCAUCCUCCGCAUUUUCUGAAUUUAUUAAUUUAUAUAAAAGGCUGUUUUUUACUAUAUAUGCGGUCAUAUUUAUGUUUAAUAGAGUACAUUGAUGUGUUGAAUUGGCCAAUUCUCCUUAUUGUGAUUUGGGAAUUGAACUUGUCAUAUUGUUAUAUUUAUCAUGAAGGAUUGAGUUAGAAGGGUUUGGGUGCUUCCUUAUUUUAGCCAUGGAGUAAGUUUGAGUGAUUGUUCUAUGAGGCAAAAUAAAGAAAUGGAUGUUAAACUCUAGAUUUUGUAAACUUAGUAAAUAUUUUGGACUCACCCCAAUUUCUUG